GGUGCAAACUGGGAAAAUCCCUAAGACAUGGAUUAUGUAUCACAUGGAAAAUACUACUACAUCAAAUGAAUGUCAACAUAACACAGGCAUGGCGCCAAGAAUAGAUUAAAUAGUGGUUAGGUUAGCUUCACAACAUAAGAAAUUUGGAAUCUUAUACUAGAUAGAAGCCAUAAAUAAACAAAUAAAAUAAAGAUUUUGAACUUGAAGAGGCACCAAAGAGGCCACAACGCAAGAGGCAAAGAAACAAAUAAAUCUAUUAUAUGCCAUUAUAUUGACCUUUAAUUUUCAAUUUUCAUGAUAGGUGGUGGUAAAUGGGUGGUAUUGGAGAAUCGAAGAAGAAUGAUGCGUUGCCAUCUUCUUCUUAUUCUGAACUUGCUGAUGUGAAGUUAUUGGUUGAAUCGCCUAUUCUUUUUUUCGUUCUUUCUCAUAGAGCUGUUGAUGUUGAACUUGUUCAGAUUCGUCGUAUAGCGGUUGAAGCCUUGGAUACGGGGUCUCGUGGUGGUGAAUUAGUUGAUGAACUUAGCCGGCGGUUUCACUUCUUGAAGCUUGUAUAUAAGUACCAUUGCGCUGCUGAAGAUGAGGUCCUUUUUCAAGCACUAGAUGCACAAGUGAAGAAUGUGGUCUUCACAUAUUCACUUGAACACACUAGUAUAGAUGAUCUCUUCAGUUCCAUCUUCAAUUGCUUGGAUCGCUUACAAAAGGAGAAAGAGGAGAUUCCUAUUCUGUUUAAUGAACUUACAUGUAGCAUAGGUACCAUCCAGACAACGAUUUCUCAGCACAUGCUGAAAGAAGAGGAGCAGAUUUUUCCUUUGAUGAUGCAGCAGUUCACUUCCAAAGAGCAGGCUAGGCUUGUUUGGCAGUACCUAUGUAGUGUUCCUCUAAUGAUACUGCAGGAUUUUAUGCCAUGGCUAACAGCUAGUCUUUCUUCAGAUGAAAAGGCAGACUUCCUGAAUUUCAUACAUUUAGUCUUACCUGAAGAGAAACUUAUUCAAGAGGUGUUCAUCUCAUGGCUUGACGAUAACAAGGAAUCGUCUUUCUGGUCCUGCAUAAAAUAUGGAAGAGGAGCUAAAUUUCAUUAUGGAGCAGCCAAUAUGAAGUACAUAUUUGAACUGGAUGUGCUGAUGGUUCAGUGCAGGGAAAAGCAGCAGCUGGAGGCUUCAGAAGGACAGAAUCCGAUUGAUGGUUUUCAUAUCUGGCAUGCUGCUAUUACACGAGAUCUAAGAGUAAUUAUGGAGGAGCUAUAUCAAUUAAGAAGCUCGCUUUGUGUUUCAACCUUGUCGUCAGUAAUUACCCAGUUGAAGUUUUUUGCAGAUGUGUUCACAUUCUACAGCAAUGCACUGGAUCAAAUCUAUUAUCCCUUGGUAGAUCAAUUGACCAAGGAUGCUCCUUCUACUUUUCAUGAACAAUUUAUUGAAAGAAGUCAAAUUGAAGAACUGCAGAGAUUGCUUUACUAUAAGCUACAUGAGGGAAUUCAAUUAAGGGUUUUCACAGAUAUGCUUUGCCAAGAACUGGAAUCAUUUGUCGCGAGGAUCAACAAAAAGCUGCAGCUUCUAGAAACACAGGUUUUUCUGUUCAUUCGAGAGACCUGCAGUCAUGAAUUGCAGCUCUGGUCAUUGUACAUGAGCCUGCAUAUGUUGCCACUUGGGUUGCUAAAGUGCCUGAUUACUUGGUUCUCUGCUCAUUUAUCUGAGGAUGAGUCCAAGGUGAUUUUAAACAAUAUAAAGUUAGGAUCUGCUGUAGUUAACAAGUCCUUUGCUACUCUCUUAUAUGAGUGGGUUCGGAUGGGUUAUUCUGGCAAAAUCUCUGUUGAGAAGUUUAGAAAAGAUUUGGAAGAAAUGUUCUGUAGCAGAAGCUAUUUGUUUGAGAAGUGGAGUAAGAGUUCUGGAAGUUCUUCCUCGCACUCGGAAAUGCAAUCUUCUGAUAGAUCUAAGACUGUUUUACUUGGACCAAAUUCAGCCAUGACACUAAAUAAUAAGCAUGAUACACCUUAUUCUAAUGGGAUCAAUCUUCAUAUAUUUUUCUCGGACUCGCUAAAAAACUUAUGCUUCCUUAAUGCAACUGCUGCUGAUGGUAUGGGAUUUUACAGUCUUGAUGUAAAACCAAUCGACUUUUUCCAUUUCUUCCACAAGGCCCUAAAAAGAGAUUUGCAGUAUGUUCUUUCUCUGUCGGUUAAGUUGGCUGAAGAUGUUGGAAUUCUUACUGAAUUUGAAAGACGGUUCCAUCUCGUACAAUUUCUAUACCAGCUACAUAGUAAGUCCGAGGAUGAAAUUGCCUUUCCUGCCUUGGAAUCUAAGGGACAACUCCAGAAUGUCAGCCAUUCAUAUGGUAUUGACCAUAAAUUGGAGGUUGAGCAAUUCAACAAAAUUUCUGUCAUCUUAAAUGAGAUCAACGGUUUGCUAGGUGAUGUGGACAUGGUUGACAGUAAUAAGCUGAAAUACAAAAAGUUGUGCUUAAAUCUCCAUGAUACAUGCAUAUCUAUGCAUAAAACACUCACUGACCACAUCUACCGUGAAGAAAUUGAACUGUGGCCACUAUUCAAAGAACACUUUUCUGUUGAGGAACAAGAAAAGAUUAUUGGAGACAUCCUUGGACGAACAAAAGCGGAGAAUCUACAAGAGAUGAUUCCCUGGCUGAUGGAAUCUCUAACACCAGAAGAACAGCACGGCAUCAUGUCAAUCUGGCGCAAAGCCACAAAAAAUACAAAGUUUUUUGAGUGGCUGGGAGAGUGGUGGGAAGGUGUAAAUAAGGAUGAGAGUGUAAAUGCCGAAAAGGGAUCAAAGGUUUCUCCUUCAUUGGCUAUUGAUCCUUUAGAAGUUGUGUCUAAAUAUCUGUCAAGAGAUGAUUUCAGGAGUCCAAGCAGCUUCCCCGAAAAAGGGGAGAACUUUUCACUGACAGAGUCUGCUGAUCAUGAGUAUGGUCAAUCUGGAUCUUUUGCUGCAGAUAAAACCCAGAAUACCAAGGGGAACAAAAAUGGUGAUCUAUUCGGAGAUAUUACACAGCAUUCUACUGAGGUUGACAAGAAGAGAUGCAACGACACAAUUGACAUUGCUGAUCAGAGAGAAAUAACUUGCUGGGAUACAAAAUUAUAUGAGCAGUCAAGGCAAAAGGAGAACCAUCUAAUGCUGACUCAAGACAAGCUGGUCGACGUAGUAAGAAGAGUAUCAUGCGAUUCCUCUUUGGAUUCUGAAAAGAAAUCAUACCUCAUGCAGAGCUUGCUAAUGAGGCAAAUACAUUUUCAACUUCUACCCUUUGAUUUAUUUCUUGGAAGCAACUAUAUAUGUCAAUGGAUUUUGACACAGAAGAAGUCUCAUUCAGAGGUUGCUACUGCAAAGGAUAAGGAGAAAAUUACUGGUCGAUGUCCAUCAUUUCGUGAUGAAAAAGAAUCAGUUUUUGGUUGCAACCAUUACAAGAGAAGCUGCAAGCUACUUGCUCCAUGUUGUAAUGAGCUUUUCCCAUGCAUACGGUGUCACGAUGAAAUUACUGAUCAUUGUCUGGACAGAAAAUCUAUCACCCAAAUAAUGUGCAUGAAAUGCUUGAAGAUACAACCACUCCGUCCCAAUUGCGCAUCUCUCUCUUGCAACAAUUUCUCCAUGGCUAAAUACUAUUGCAGAAUUUGCAAAGUGUUUGACGACGAAAGACAGAUAUACCACUGCCCAUUCUGCAAUUUGUGCAGACUGGGGAAGGGAUUGGGCAUUGGAUACUUCCAUUGCAUGACCUGCAAUGCUUGCAUGUCAAAGGCUCUCUCCGUUCACACAUGUAGAGAGAAGUGCUUGGAGGAUAACUGUCCAAUCUGCCAUGAGUACAUUUUCACUUCCGCUUCUCCUGUUAAGCAACUUCCUUGUGGUCAUUUGAUGCACUCUACAUGUUUUCAGGACUACACUGAAACGCAUUACACAUGCCCAAUCUGUAGCAAGACUCUUGGGGACAUGAAGGUGCUCUUUGAGAUGUUAGAUGCAUUUCUUUCUCAGGAGAAAAUUCCCGAGGAGUAUGCUGGCCAGAUUCAGGUUAUACUAUGCAAUGAUUGUCAAAAGAGAGGAACUGCUUCCUUCCACUGGCUCUAUCACAAGUGCUCACAUUGUGGUUCAUACAGUACAAGACUUAUAUGAUCUAAAUUCAAGUCGCGUGAACAGCUGAUUCCAUGCUCCCAGACUGUAGAGAAACUGUUGCAGACGUUCACCUUGAAUACUUGGGAUGCAUGAAGCAGUUUUGUUUUUUCAUUGUCAAUAAAUACUGUAUAUGCUUCAUUUUCUUCAAUCAACCUAUGUUAAAUAUCACAGAUUCUUAGGUUCUGAUUCAUCAUAGUACUAACAGUGAGUAGUCUGAUGAGUUUUGCAUUUCACACCAGAUGAUGGUACUAACUUCUAACA